AUGAUCAUCACUGUUUGGAAUAUCAGGGGUCUUAAUGAUCCUUCUAAAAAGGCUGAUGUUAAGCAGCUCCUUGAUAGAACUAGUUCUGAUUUAAUCUGCUUGCUUGAAACUAGAGUAAAACAGAUGAAGUGUGCUGGAAUUCAGAAGAAGAUUGCUCAUGGCCUGAUCUGGGUUUGCAACUAUUCUGAGUCUAGAAAAGUACUCUUGAUUAUAGUAAUCAGAUUACUUUCUGUUUUGUCUAUGGGUUACAUAAUAUCCAUGAUAGGAAGAAAGAGCUUUGAAGAGGUAUUAAAGCUAUUGGAUCUGUGUCCAUGCCUUGGAUUUGCACUGUCUAAUAAGGCUCAUUCAGGCCCUAGAACUCAAACUAGAAUAAACAGGGGUCUGGUCAACUUUGAGUGGCUCCUUCAAUUUUCAAAUGUUAAAGUUGUUUAUCUUCCUCCCUCAUUAUCUGAUCAUGCCCCUCUGAUGUAUGAGGUUCUCCCUCCUGCUCCUAGUAAGGGAAAGCCCAUUAGAUUUCUGAAUCAUAUGCUUACUCAUCCUGAUUUCAUGAAUAUUGUGGCUGAAAUUUGGAGUGCAGGAUCUCAGGGAAAUUCUAUGAGUAGAAUUUGGAAAAAGUGUAAGAACUUGAAGGUUAAGCUUAAAGAUCUUAAUACCAAAGUUUAUGGUAAUGUUGAAAUGAAAGAGGCUACAGCUAUCGAGCAGCUCAAAUAUUGGAGAUCUGUGCAGGAGAGUAUUUACAGAAAGAAAGCUAGGGUGCAAUGGGUUAAACUUGGCGACUCUAACACCAAGUAUUUCUUCUCCACGAUGAAACAGAGACAAGCCAGGAACAGAAUUGAUUCUCUCUUGACUGAGCAUCAUGUUCUUCUUAAAACCCGUGGUGACCUAGAGAAAGAGAUUGUGUCUUUUUAUAAGCUUAUUCUGGGUUCGAGAUCUCCUGCCCUAGAUGCUAUUGACUUGAAUACAAUGAGAGCAGGGAAACAACUCUGUACAGAAGCUCAGAAUUUGCAUAUUAGUCCUGUGACCAACUCUAAGAUUGACUGUGCAAUCAAAAGUAUCUCUGAUGAUAAAGCACUUGGAACUGAUGGGUUCACUUAA